GAAAACAGGGAUUGGGAAUCCCCCAUCGGUGUGGUGACCCCGGAGAUGUUCCGGGAGCUGCAGAAUUCCCAGAUCAUCCAACAGCUCACAGAGAAGUUCAAGGAGGAUUCCCCGGAAUACCCGUUAUCCAUGAGCUCCCGGCCCUGGUGCCGAUUCCAGGCGGGAUUCUUGGAGCUGGUGGCCACAGUGGUGCGGAGGUGCCAGUACAACGUCAUUUAUGACGGAUUCCUCAUGGAUUCCUGGAUUUCCUUCCUCACCGGGCUCUCGGAUUCCCAGGUCUGGGCGUUCUGCCACACCAGCACCUUGGCAGCCCUGAAGCUGAUGAUGGCGCUGGUGGACGUGGCCUUGGGCAUCCACGUCCAGCAGGAGAACAACCAGACGCACCUGGAGGCAGAAAAGGCCAAGGAAUUGGGAAGAAGGGGCACAGAAAAACUGGAAGCACUGAUUUAAUGAGCCAUUUGCAGU